AUGAUGCAUUUGGCUUGUCAAAAAAAUUUGGCAACAUCAAAACUCAGUGGUAAUGGCAGAAAAGAUCCUAAUCUGCCAUUACCACUGAGUUUUGGUGUUUCCAAAUUUUUUUUGACAAGCCAAAUGCAUCAUCGCAAAAGAACAAUGUUUUUUAUUGCAUUUGGCUUGCCCAAAAAAUUUGGAAACACCAAAACUCAGUGGUAA